GGUGGUGGUUCGAGUGAACGUCACAUUUGCAGCUUGUGGCUUUUAAAGAGGCAGCCACCAAGCCAGCAUGGGAGGGGCCCUCCUCUGCUGAAGCGCAGCAGCAGCAGCAGCACAGUGGAUAACUACAGUACAGCUCUGCGCUAUCCGGCACAGUGAGUCAGCUGAGCUGCCGGGAUCAUCGCAGGGCCGGUGAAUGAAUGAAUGAAUGAAUGAAUGAAUGAAGGACAGAGAGGAGACCCUGCAGGAUCUGGAUACAGAAAGGCGUACAAAUGUGCGUCUUUGGGAUCUGAGAGUCUGACAUGGGAAUACUGAAGUGAUCGGAGCAAGCUUGUUGACGCAUAAUCCCACCCGCCCCGCUGGCUCUGGCAAAUCUCGCCUGCCGAAACUCAAAUCCUCCAAAAGAGAUUUACGGAGUGCGCUACUGCUGCUGCUGCGGGUUCAGCCACCUCCAAGAAGAAGAUUUCGUUUUUUGAUCAGUUCUCUGCGGUGAUCAUGAAUGUAUUUUAAGAUUUUUUUUUGGGUGGGAGAUAUGUCUCAAUGAGUUAUCUGAAUCAGAGGACCUCACUGCGCUCAUAAUUAGGGUAUUAAAUCCCCUGUUGGAAUCGGCACUGUCAUUGCGUCGGGUGGUCGGUCGGUUUGGUUGGAUGCGUCCUGAGGUGUGGACAGGACCUACCCCGUAUAUCAUCACCAUCAUCACCCCCAUCAUCAUCACAGGUAUUUGAUUCGUGAUUGCGUUGAUUACACCGGAGAUCUGGAGCCAUGACAGGCCCCCCGCUGGUCCCACAGCACGCCUGCUGACGGUACCGGGCAUGAUGGGAGCAGGUCUGCCGCUUUCAGGAUCCCGAACCAGCCGAUUUAUCAAUGGAGGAAGAGAGUGACACCCGGAAAAUCAACAACAGCUUCCUUCGCGACCACAACUAUGCAACCGAAGCUGACAUUAUCUCAACGGUCGAGUUUAACUCAUCGGGGGAGCUGUUGGCCACCGGGGAUAAAGGAGGCAGAGUGGUUGUCUUCCAGAGGGAGCAGGAGAGUAAGAGCCAGCCCCAGCGUCGAGGGGAGUACAAUGUUUACAGCACAUUCCAGAGCCACGAGCCGGAGUUUGACUACCUGAAGAGUUUGGAGAUUGAGGAGAAGAUCAACAAGAUCAAAUGGCUUCCUCAGCAGAACGCCGCCUACUUCCUGCUAUCCACCAACGACAAGACGGUGAAACUGUGGAAAAUCAGCGAGAGAGACAAACGUCCAGAGGGCUACAACCUGAAGGAUGAAGACGGGCGGAUCAGAAACCCGUUGACCAUUACCUCGCUCCGGGUGCCGGUGUUGCAGCCUAUGGACUUGAUGGUCGAGGCGACAGCCAGGCGUGUUUUCAGCAAUGCCCACACCUACCACAUCAACUCCAUCUCUGUCAACUCCGACCUUCAGACGUUCAUCUCCACUGACGACCUCAGGGUGAACCUGUGGAACCUGGAGAUCACCGAUCGCAGCUUCAACAUCGUGGACAUCAAACCAGCCAACAUGGAGGAGCUGACAGAGGUGAUCACCUCUGCGGAGUUUCAUCCCCAGCAGUGUCACACCUUUGCCUACAGCAGCAGCAAAGGCUCGAUACGCCUGUGUGACAUGAGACAGGCCGCGCUCUGUGACAAACACUGCAAAUAUUUCGAGGAGCCAGAGGAUCCCUCCACUCGCUCCUUCUUCUCUGAAAUCAUCUCAUCCAUCUCUGAUGUGAAGUUCAGCCACAAUGGGCGCUACCUGAUGACAAGGGACUACCUCACUGUCAAAGUGUGGGACCUCCAAAUGGAGAACAAACCACUAGAGACGUACCAGGUUCACGACUAUUUACGGGGCAAACUUUGUUCUCUGUAUGAGAAUGACUGCAUCUUUGACAAGUUUGAGUGUGUCUGGAAUGGAUCAGACAGCGUCAUAAUGACCGGCUCUUAUAACAAUUUCUUCCGAAUGUUUGACCGGAACACUAAACGUGACGUCACACUGGAGGCGUCCAGAGAGAACAGCAAACCUAGAGCCAUUCUCAAGCCUCGCAAGGUGUGUGUAGGUGGGAAGCGUCGUAAGGAUGAGAUCAGUGUAGACAGCUUAGACUUCAGCAAGAAGAUACUUCACACCACGUGGCACCCACAUGAGAACAUCAUCGCUGUAGCGGCCACCAACAACCUCUACAUCUUCCAAGACAAGGUCAACUAAAGGGCAAUCUGGCCCCGCUGACCCCUGACCCCCCCACACACAUGAUGAGGGGGCUGGGUUUGGAGAAAGAGAGAGAUGGAGCCCUUAUCUACAUCCUUCUCCUCUUCUCCCUAUGUCUUGUUGCCGCCGGUCUUAAAUUUCGCUGCUCUCUCUGCUGAGGAAGUGCAGAGAUGAGUAACAAGUGUGAAUUUCGGGAGGUGGGGAAUGAAUACAACCUGGAUACAAAAAUAAAAAUAAAGAAUGGACUUUCAUUCUUCAAUUCAACUUCUGAUUUAAUUUAUUUAUCCAUGCGGACACCCGGAGAAGUGGAUCCUGUGCAUUUAUGCAACGAGAGGAUUGCUGCAUGAGUAACAUGAUGUAGCAGCCCUCUGGACCCUAAAGAAAGGAGGGUGGAUGUGGGUACACUGAACAUAAAGUAGAGCACACAGACAGAAACCUAUAGCUUACAUGACGGUGGCUCGUUGUCAUGUAGCAACAGUGCCCCCUCUCUUUCAAACCGCUCAUGCUACGGUGCAUGUGAUCAACCCUGCGGCCUCUGACUGAGGCCAAGUUUCGGACAGCGCAACCCGCUGCAGAACUCCUACAUAAGAGGAAGAGACUGUUAAUCUCUGACCCCCCUCCCCCCCUAAAAAAACUGAGUUUUUCUCUGCCUGUGACACAACGUGGUCAGUCUUUCUAGCACCAAUUCUAUGUCUCCCUGGUGAGACUGCUGUAGUCUGUAAUGUGAAUGAAGCCAUUCCAGGCUGUGUCAAUGGUUUAUUAUUUAAUGCUGUUGUUUUAUUGAGUCCUUCUCUCGGUCAAUGAGUCUGUUUAGAAGCUGUGGUGCCUUCUUUUGGUAUGUGGGGGUUUGAUGUAGUGGGAGUGGGAGGGGGGGAAAGGGACUGAGUACAAGGCAGGAGUGUGAAUGUUUCAGAUGAAAUGUUAACUUAGACAUUUUCUUUUGUUUUUUGUUGGGUUUUUUUUGUUGUUUUUUUCUCUUUCUCUAUUAACAAAAAAAAAAAAAAAAAAGCUCCACUGAGGUCCCAAGUGGAAAAAGUGCUUGAAGCAAUGUAGUCAAAAUUUACAUUAUAGCACCGGCUACAUGCUUGUGAGUUCAGGGGAGGACGCUGUGAUGUAAGUAAUUGUUGCUCUUAUCACAUUGCAGUCAGUCUGAUGUCAUCAGUUUGCAAGAGACACGACAAAGCCACAUUAUUAUUAUUAUUAUUGUUGGGUUUUUUUUUUGCAAAAUUCCCGUUGAAGGAAAAACAAAAAAAUCUGAACUCCUCACCUUGUUUGAAACUUACUUGCAUAGUGCUGAAAACGAUCUGUUGACUGGUAGACGCGUACAUUUGUCAUGUCAAAUUACUGAACUUAAACCUGAGACUUCUUGGCAUAACUUAAUGCUAGCACAGCUGUUUUUUUUGCAUGCGUUGGAUCUGAUUUUGAUGAAACUGACAGCCUGCACAUAGAUAUCUGAACACCUACAGAUCAUAUAGAAGCACUAUGCAAGUAAAAUACUUGGCUUUCUGCCGAAGUAGCCAAUUUGCCUGUCCACGUUUCUCCUCUUCCUGAAGAUGGGUAACGUGGCACAGCAGCAGGUUAUUUUUCAGCACUCGGCUCAGAUCAGUUUGGAGAUCCUCGUUUGUCUCAGAUUUGUUUUAAGAGCCAACUCCCAUAAAGGAAAGAAAGCAGUCAAAGGUCUCAAUGAACUCUGUGAAAUCAGGGAAUUAUUAAGUGUGAUUCCUUUAAACAGUAAUGUCUUCUAAAAAAAAAAAAUCCUUAUUGAAACAAAAAAACAAAAAAAACCUUUUAUAGCUCAGAAUGUAUUGAAAUGCAAUUAAUUACCAUGCAGUCUUUAUGCUUACUGGACUUUCUUUGAAUAAAAAAGAAUAAAGAUGUGCAAGUUCAAA